AUGGCUGAAGGGAUUCUAGGAUUUGGGCUGAAGUCUCCGAUAUCUAGAUCGAUCGCGUCAGCUGUCGCAUUGCCUGAUCCGGAACCAUCGAGUCCCGAUGCCACUUUGAAACGGCGACAGUUCCCUUCUCAAGAAGAUAACAAUACUAAGCGCCGUCGAGUUAGUACGAGUCAAGCACAGUCCACGGCGGACGAUACUUCGCAGGUUUCACCCGUCGUACCGAGGACAUCUGUCGAUGACGGAAAGGAAAAGGGUCGCCAAAAAACUGGACGGGAGGAAGAGCGCAAGCGUGGUCAGAGGUUAUUUGGCGCAUUGCUCGGGACGCUUUCACAAAGCUCAUUGACAGCCACACAGAAGCGGCGCGCCGACAUUGAGCGAAAGCAACAGGCCAAGCUGAAACAGCAGGAUGAAGAGUAUGAUGAACAAUAUAGGAAACGGCGCGAGGAGCUAAUGGCUCGGAGAAGAAGGGAUCAAGUGGUAUAUGAGAGAGAGUCGUUGCGAGUUCGCCAUUCAAAUCUGCGGGCGAUGGCCCGCUCUCUGAAGACUAAGUCGACACCAACCCUGUACUACAAACCUUGGCAGCUUCGGCCAGAAGAAAAGGACAUCAUCGACUCGCAGGUAGAAGAUGCAGAAGCUACGAUCGCAAAGGAAGUGGAAGACUUCGAACGCCGGAAUCGCAGAGAAACCGAAGGAUCGCAACCGGAUAAAGAAGCGGCAGAGUUACCUCCCGCAGUUGAGUCAAGAAGCACCGCGGAUCCGACGGAGUCAAUUGCUAACAAUGGCCCAAAGCCGGACACGGUGGGUUCCGAUACUAAUGAUCAUCAAGAAGCUUCAGAGGCCCAAAAGCAAACCACUACUAAUGAUAUUCCUGUUCCUCCUGACCGGAAUGAGGAAACAGCUCAUGCGAGACCCAAUGAAGAUGACUCGGGGGAGGUUGUCUUGGAAGACAAAGAAGAUACUGUGAUAUACUAG